AUUUUAUCCGUUCGGGAGAAAUUAAUAUUUUGCUCAAGUUGAUCCAUACUAAAAUUCUACGAAAUAUUUUCUUGAUAAAAGACAAUUUUAAAAAUCUACAGUAGUAUUUAAUCAAUAGUUUGGUCAGCAGUCUGUACCUACUUCUAAAUGGAGGAAUCCAUGAAAUGAAACAACAACGUUUUAACGUAGGUAGAUUUGAGCACUCGAGCAACGUUGCCGUUUUCUGGUACGUACGUCUGUGAUUGGUGAUUGCUAUAGGCGGAGCGCAGGCAUCAUUUCGUACCAGAGUAUCGCAUAAGCCCCAGCAUGUUGUGUAGAGCGAAAUUAUUAAGAGGAGUCGCUCGCACUGUGUCAAAAAGUGUUAUUUCAAGAAAAUGAGUGAAACAAAAUCCAAGGAAUAAAUUCUACGAGUGCAUCAUAAUUAAAUUCCAAGUGUGCAGUGUCGUUAUGUGAGUGAAGGCAAUAUCGGGUGGUUAUCGUGUUUUUCAAGUUUACCAAAUCGGUCUAAGUGCACCUUCCUGAUCCGCGAUGAAGCUGAAACGGCUGUGUUAUUUUGUGAAAUAGUGUUUGUGCGUCCAAAAACAAAUAUUUCUCAAUGUGGUGUUUAGGGCAAAAUGGUCAGAGAGACUAGGCAUUUGUGGGUAGGAAAUUUGCCCGACAACAUACGAGAAGAUCGAAUACGAGAGCACUUCAAACGGGUUCAGUACCGAAUGGUACAAAAGGAACCCUCAGGAUGCCGAUAUGGACGUGUACAGAGUGUCAAGUUGCUGCCUAGAAGUACAAAGGAGGAGACGGGCGAGAGCACGAUGGCGUGCACGGUGGCGUUCAUGGACAUCAAGAGCGCGUCAAAGGCCCACAACACCGAACACAAGGUGGACGAUAGGACUCUGACAACGGAGUACUACGAGCCAGCUGCCAUUCCGUCCUCUGCAUCUCCGCAGACAACGACCUCACCUUAUUCUACCUCACCCGGUAGCACUAGGUUCCCCAACGGGCACAGUUCAUCAGACGAGCACGGGCCCUUCGCCGAGCGCUUCUACGAGCGCAACAACAGCCGAGUAGUGGCGGACGGCGAGUUCAUCAGACGGAGCGGUUACCAUGACGCGAACAGAAGCCGAAACAGGGACCGGGGUUUUCGGAACGGCCCCUACAACGUCAUCAUGGACCGUGGAUCUCAUAGGACGCUUAACAAUUCCUGGAGCUACGACAGUGGCGGCGGCAGUGGGGGUGGCGCGGGAACGGGGGGACGUUACAAUAGUCAAAACGAAACAGGGUACACAGCGACGACAGCCGUCGCGACGGCGGUCGUCGACGGUAGCAACGAGCGGCGGGGCACCUCGGACCAAAGUACAAAGAAAAAAACCAAGUCCAGAUCUGGCAGCCGGUCACCAUCGCCAUCUGGAAGCACCUCGAGCAGAUCUCCAUCUAGGUCGCGAUCUAGGAGCAGUAGUAGUUCGUCAAGUUCCUCUACCUCUAGAACUAGCUCGACCAGUACCCAUAAAUCAAGAAGAACCGCCGCUAACAGCCAUUUAGCGCACUCUGACGAUAGGAGACCCUUAGCUAUCUGUGUUAGAAACCUUCCCCUAAGAUCCUCGGACACGUCCCUCAAAGACGGUCUCUACCACGAGUACAAGAAGCACGGCAAGGUAACGUCGGUCAAGGUCGUCGGUCAGAAUUCCGAGAGGCAUGCCAUCGUCUGUUUCAAGAAACCUGAGGACGUGGAGAAGGCUCUGGAGGUUAGUUACGACAAGCUCUUCUUUGGUUGCAAAAUCGACGUUGCCUCUUACCAGGGUUUCGAUGUGGACGACAACGACCUCAGGCCUUACGAGGCAGAGAUCGACGAGUUCCAUCCAAAGGCCACUAGAACCCUCUUCAUCGGCAACCUGGAGAAGGACACCACUGCCUCGGACCUGAGGAAACACUUCGACCAGUUCGGGGAGAUAAUAGAAAUCGACAUCAAGAACCAGGGUAAUGUGAGUUUGUACGCGUUCUGUCAAUACUCGGACAUUGUGAGUGUUGUGAAGGCGAUCAGGAAAAUGGACGGCGAACAUUUAGGCAACAAUCGUAUAAAGUUAGGUUUCGGCAAGUCGAUGCCAACCAAUGUUGUGUGGGUGGACGGGGUAGUAGAGAGCGUGACCGAAAAGUACCUGAGGAUGCAGUUUGAGCCCUUUGGGCCCAUCAGCAAGGCCAGCAUCGACAGGGAUCGGGGCCAGGCCUUGGUCUUCUAUGAGCAAAUGGUUGGCGCACAAUCGGCCGUCAGCAAGAUGAGAGGCUACAGCCUGAAGGGCAACAAGAUACAGGUUGAUUUCGCCAGCAGGGAAUGUCAGCAGUCCUUCUACGAGCACUUAGAGAAACAGGCGCCAGUCGUGGUCGACAGGGUGGUAGAAGAGAGGAGAGACUCCACGUCUAGAAGUUUCGAUUCCUCUCGUUUUGCAAGAUACGACACCCCGACCAGACCAAGAGCGUCCUCCUACAGCAGCCGUUCCAGCAUAGCAGCUAGUCAAGUGGCCUCGGCCAUACCAUCGCCAGGCACACCAGGUUCCGUCACCCCCAGGGGCACCGGCUCUAAGACGCGCAUCGGCCGUUUCAACGACUACUAUGAGGGUGGCGAAGUCAACGAUCGCCACUUCCGCAGUUACGAUGAGUACAGCCAAGAGUCGGCGGCCUCCCAAGAUGAUCCUUACGACCCGGACUACAGCUACAACAACCACGAGAGUCCAAUGCAUGUGGACGUCGUCGAAACCAGAUCCGCUCCUAUAGCCACCGCCUCAGAACACGCAACGGUGCCUUAUGCGCCCCCCGACAUCAGGAACCUUCAGAAGGAGCGGGUCCAUCUGCUGGAACAGCUUGAGGACUGCCCCAGCUCCGGCGACGAGCAUAUGGUUUCCAAGAAACGACUGAAAUUAGACCUUCUAGAUGGCACUAUCGCCACUGACGUCAUCAUAGAGGCCAACAGAGACCACAGGAAGGUUAUGGAGGUCAGAAGGCUGUCGGACGUCGGUCUGAAGCAUCAUUCCAGGAGACCGUCGACGGACAACAAGCAUUCUAGAGAUUUGAUUCACGACAGGAGCGCUUACAUUCCCCACGGCAUUUGCAAAAGAAGAAAGACCGGCGGUAGUGACAGCGGUUCCAGAGGGCACCAUUACGACCAUUCGGGCUCUGAGAGCGUCGGCGGGUCAAGGCCUGGUACACCGCUUUGCGAUGAAAGACCCGAGAACUUCCAACCCAGUGAACCACGAAGGGUGCCAAGAGAGAGAAACGGUCCGUUAACUCUGCCUCUUCCCAGAUUCGCCUCCCAAGUCCCUGGAAGGGGGAGCGUAUCAGUUGCAGGUAUAAAAGGUCAAAAAGAUGUCGUACUGUCCAGUCCACCUCCAGCAGUGACGAGCCCCAGGAUAUCGAACCCGAAACCGUUGAGUCCGGUCCAUGUACCACCCCCAGCUUCACCUCCUCCGAGACCGCCCAGUCUUAGUUCCAACUCCAGCGACAGCGAGAAUCCUCCUAGUCCUUCUUUGGACGAAAGGAUCAAGUCGCUCGACGAGAAGUACGAGAAGUGGUCGGGAAGCAGGGCUUUGAGCGCCGCUGGCGGCGACGCUUUGGCCAAACUCGACGCAACCCGAGAAAAAUUCCGGCUGAGGCACAAACUCUUGGAUUUCGAUCUGAAGGAGGUGCAACCGUCGGAGAUAGUCAAGUCUGUGAUGGCGAAACGUUCCGUUUUCGACGAAGACCUGAAAAGGUUGGAAAACGUAAGCGAGAAGUAUGAACCAAAGGAUUUCACGUUGUUUCCGCGAGCUGUGCCCUUAAUGCAAAGUUCAGCAAUUGUGCUACCACCGAUUACAACGUCGGCCAUAAAAAUAACCUCACCUAGCCUACAGAUUAGCUCCAUGCUCUCACCGAGAUCCUCUGGAAACAACAUGAUUCCCGCCAAAGGCCUGCAGUAUCCCUUCCCGAGCCAUCCACCAAUCCAGCCGACCACAACAACCGUUCUGCAGCAGACGCCACCUGCUACACCAUCUUCGGUUGCUUCACCCACCCCGCAAAUUCAAUCAGCAAGUACAACAACCAGGAGCGCCAACCACGGUGAAAAUAGACUGAAAUCGUGCUCUAGUGCUUCUAGUGAUAAUAGAUUAUCUAGCAAAGUGAAUGUAAAUAGAAGUGCGGUACUUAACAGUUCAACUGCACCAAUGAAAUCAAGUGAGAAGAACUCAGGUAACAUUUCUAGUGAUACCGCGUCGGUCGCUAUAACAAAUAUUGAAACAAAAAUCUCUAGAACAAUCAAACAGAGUGAAAAAUUAACUAGUAGAAGGGAUUCUAAUAACGGUUCGCCGCGUGGUGACAUCAAAUUGAGAAGAAACAGUGACGUUGUUUCGCGAAGAACAGAAGACGUAGAUAAAUUUAGUGACGCUUGUGCAGAAAACGAUCGAAAGGGCGAACGCGGCAAAAGUGAAGAACGAAAGAAAGAACAGCAGCAAAAGGAAAAGCAGAGACUUGAAAACGAAAUGCUAGAACGUGAUCGUUUAGAGAAGGAACAACAAGAGAAAGAACGCUUAGAGAAAGAACGGCUGGAGAGAGAGAAGCAAGAAAGAGAAAAGGAGCUAGAAAAAGAAAGAUUCGAAAAAGAGAAGAAAGAAAAGGAACGAGCCGAACGUGAACGUUUGGAAAAAGAAAACCAAGAACGUGAAAAGAGAGAACAAGAGAGAUUGAAACGUGAACGAGAAGAACUGGAACGUCAAGAAAGGUUACGACGUGAGAGAGAAGAAGCAGAAAGAGAAAUGGCUUUGUUGGCAGAACGUCAACGCAAAGAAAAAGAAGAGGCCGAAAAGAAGGAACGUGAAUUGAAAGAGAAAAUGGCAGAAGAAGAGAGACAAGCAAGGAAAGAACGGCAAGCCAAAAAAGAGCGACAUGAGGCGGAAAAGCUUGAAAAAGAAAGACGACGAGAAGAAGAUAAGAGAAAUAAAGACGACAAUCAUGAAAAAAGAAAAGACGACCACAAACAUCGAGAAAAUCACGGUGAAAUCAAGCAUAAAGAUAAUAAUGUUCAUGCCGAUAAAUCGAUCUCUAACAAUGAAUAUAAAUACAUGAAACAGAGCAGUAAAGAAGAAAAAGAUAAGAACAUACAUGAAAUUUUCCGAAAGAACGAUUCUCACGAUCGCAAUAAUUCAGACAAAUACAACAAGCAUUCUGAUAAGGAUUCUGAGUAUCGAAGAAAAGAAAGUAUAAAAGAAAACAGAGACAACAACACUCACGAGAAAUUGAAGGAUGCAAUUGAAAUUCGUCAUAUAUCGAUGGAUUUAGAUAAGUCAAAAUCUGAUCCAGGUAAAACGAAAGACAAUAGCAUACCAGCAAAUGUCGGAAUUAAAAGAAGAAUAAGCUCUCAUGAUAGUUACGACCAUAUGAAUGAAGCAAAGAAAUCCAAGUUACAUUCCGAACACAAGAAGAUAUCAGAAAGAAGAGAUUCCAAAGAUAGCACAAGAUCAGAUGAAAAAAUUAAGUCAAAACUGAAAAAUUCUAGAUCCCUUGAAGAAAAACUUUAUCCUUUCGAUAAAUCUAAUUUCAUCAAAGAAUCUGAUGACAAAAGAAGGGAUAAAGAUAAGGAUAGAGACGAGAAGCACAGAAACAAACAGAAAUUCGAGAAACAAAAAUCAAAAAGUAAAAGUAGAGAAAAAGAUCUUAGAGAAUCGCCAAAUGCAUCCCCAUCCAAAGAACUUCCAGAUAAAGAUUUCUUGGCUACGUUGGAAUUGAGGUCGACUGAUGAUUUGGAAAUGCAAAAAGAAAAGAGAUCAGAAAUUAAAGAGAAAAAGAGGUACGACUUGACAGAUACCGACUCGGAAAAAAGGGAUAAAGACGAAAAGAGAGCGGAAGCAAAAAGAAAAGAUAAGAGCGAUAAAAAUAGAUCUAGAGAUGAUCCAACAAAUCGAAGCUUUGAAGAUAAGAAUAAAUCCCAGAAGAAAGAAAGAAUCAGAAAACCCACUCUCAACAGUUCAGAUAAUUCAGAUUCUGACGAACCAAGAAAACACUCCAUCUUCGACAUUGUAGAUGACGAGCCAGCCUAUAUUUCCAUGUAUGACAAAGUAAAAGCAAGAAGUUGUAAAAACAUGCAGAAACAAGAAGAAGAGAAACGACAAGAAAAAAUAAAAGCCAAGUUUAGCCAGUUAAAGCAAAGUAGAGCUAAAAGAGAAGAAAAGAAAAGAUCAACUUCUUGGGAUGAAGAUUCUGAUUCCGAUAGAGAAAGAAACGAUAAAAACGAUUCCAAAAGCAGAAGAAAUAAAAUGCUCAUCAUCAGUUCAGAUGAUGAUUUCUCGGACUUUGGCAAAUCACAUAAAAAGAGGGGAGUAUUCACAGAUUCCGAUUCUGAUCGCCAGAGGCCACAUAAGAAUGAGCUCACAACUGAAGCAAGUGAUGAUGAUAUUAUCGAACAUAAGUCUUCAAAAUCUUCGAGAUGCAUUAAUGAAACAUCAGAUGAAGAUUACAAAAAUCCAAUCAAGUCAUCAGAUCUUUAUUCUAUGUCUAAAAUGGAAAUUUCUUCUUAUUUAGACCUAGACUUGUUCAAGGUGAAAGAUGAAUUCCGAAGAUCCGCAGAAAAAGAAAGAAAUCCCAGUAAACAAGACAAUAAUACAUUUGAUAAAAGUGAUCAUGAACUUACGGAGCCCAAGGCUCCUUUAUCAGAAAUCAAAUCAGAGAAAAUGAAUAAUUGUCAUUGUUAUCCAGAUAAUUCUUCUGCUGAUGAAAGUGCAGAAUUCAAGAAAGAAAAACUUAGGAAACACAAAAAGAAACAAAAACGACCCAAACAUUCCUUGAGUAGUGAAGACUCCAGUAAGUUUGACCCUACAGAGCCCACCCAGAAUGAUUCAUCUGAAAAAGUAAAACAACACGAUAAGAAAAAACAACACAGCAAAAAAGAAAAGAAGCGAGAUAAAAGUAAAGAUAGAGAAAAAUCCAAAAAAUCUAAAAGAAGCAAGUCGACAUCUAAAAAUGACUUCAAACAUGAUGGUAAAAUGGAAAAUAUAUUCGGCUCUUUAUCAGAUUCUUCGGACAAUGGUAUGAGAGACAAUGAAACAUCUAACAAUAAAAGAAAUAGUUCUUUCUGUGGAGGAUUCAAUGAUGAAAAUGUUCCAUCUAGAUAUAGUGAUUCAGAUGGUGAGAAAGAGAAAAUAACCAAAGUUGAUGAAAACGAUCUCAAAGAUGAUCAGAAAGGUAAGAAGAGAAAAGAAAGAAGGCGGAAAGAGAAAGAGCGAUUGUUACAAGAAGCUGCAGCUGCUGCAGCAUUGGCAGAAGCUGCAGACCACUUCAAUGAAAAUAGUAUGGAUUUCGCUGAUAUGGGUAAACAACUCGAAGCUAACAUCAAAGAUGAGCCAGUCAAUCAAAAUGACACCAUCAUUGAAAGGAACGAAAUUUCCAAUCAAAAAGGUGACUUAUUUAAGUACUAUGAUGAUUCCCUCUUCCAAGACUUUAAGAAAGAAGAAAGGAAAGAAGUUCGCGAGAAGAAAAAGAAACGAAAGAAGAGCAAAGAAGAAAGGCAAAAGCAUCAUCACCACCACCAUCAUCAUCACCAUCAUGAAAAAAUAAAAGUCAAAACUGAAAUCAAGAAGGAAACUCUCACUUCGCCAAGAGAAGAAUUAUCUACACAACCUAUCCAUGAAACAAAAACCCAAAGUCAGAGUUUGCCUAAUCUUCUUGACAUUCCCAGUCCUCCACAGGAGAAAACCAUACCAAGAAUCGAGAUUCCAUGUCCUGUCAAAACAGAACCUAUCGAAAUCGAACCUCCAACACCUCCAAUUCAGCAGCAACCUCAGUUGCCUUCGCAGCUAUCUCCUGUUUCUGUUAAAGAUAAAAAGCGGGAUAAAUUUAUAUCAGUUUUUGGUUCAGACAUUGAUGAAACAAUUCAUGAAAAUGCUGUUAAGUCAAUAUCUGAUUUUGAUGCUAUCAAAACUGAAUGUCCAAAACUUGAAGAGGUCAAACUGGAAAAACCUGAUGAAUCACCAGAAGAAAAGCCUAGGGCUGUAAUUUCUCAAGAAGAAACAGAGGAUGCCGUUGCAGCUCUCCUUGGCGAAAGUUUCUCUAAUGAAUUUGCUAAGCAUUAUGCUGAAGAAGUACUAGAUAAUACCAAUGAUGAUCCAUCUGUUACUUUGGACGAAGAACCUACUGUCCAAGAUGAUGAAGAAAUGCGACAAGCUGUUCAAAGUUUGGGUGCUGAAGAUCUUGAAGUAAAACCUGAAACUCCACAGAGUGAACAUGAAUUACAGAUUGAUACAGAUACUGAAGAACAAGAUGAAAUAACCUUAAGGUUCGAUCAACAACCAAAAACGCCAGAUAUAUCAGAAUUGAUACAUCCACCCAAAACUCCAGAUAUACCAAAUUAUUAUAGAUCAGAAGAAGCUAAACUCACGCCUUCACCAUUAGUUAUUAAAGCCACUCCAACUAAUAUUGGUAGUCCUCCAUCACUUGCUCCAAUAACACAGCAAUCAUCUUUAAUGACUAAUGUUAAAAGGAAUUUGAACAAAAUUGAAAUUCCAGAUAAAAUUCCACCUCUGGUUGAACCAACAAGAACAAUUAUAUCUAACCCAUGGACAACAAAAGGAGAUGACAUUGUCCCUAAAGUAGAGCCUAAAUUAGCUGUAGUAACUAGAGUUACUUCUCCACAAAUACAAUUGAGUUCCUCUGUUUCCACUUCAACAUCUCUUAUUACUACGUCACCAUUGAGGACGACAGUUGUGAAAAUUUCUGAGCCUUCUUAUCCGCCAUUAACAGCAAUAUCCAAACAAGAAACAACCACAACUAAGGCAGACAUUCCUUUGGCUACAAUACCAAUAUUACAAGUUUCUGCACCUGCUCUUCAUAAUUUACCAGCAAGAUCUCCUUUACAGCAUGUUUCUCAAUCAAAUUCACAAGAUUUACCUAUUGGACCUACUAAAGCUGCUACUUCUAUUUCGAAAAUUCGUCUUCCAAUUGCUUCUGUGAUGGUGCCAAAACCAUUGCAGGCCACCACAAUCAAUCUCCCACAACCGAAAGUUGCGUUCACUUCGGAACCUCCAAAGUUGAUACCAACCCAAGAGGCAAGACCAAGGAUGAUCUUUCAAAAUGCUGGAGUACCUACAUCUUUUCCUUUCAAUUCAACUCAAAAGAUGUUGGUACAAACGAAUAUUCCAGUGGCAGGUGGCUUACUUGUUCCUGCUAGACCUGGACAUUUUAAUUAUAUUCCUUCACAAGUAGCUUUCAACACAAGCAUUGCUGAGAAAACGAAUGACAUCUCUAAGCCAGCCACUGCUCCUCUGUCUGUCAGUUUAAAUCAUAAUUCACCAACUAAAAUUAUCCAGAUGAAACCACAAUCAAUUAUAAUUUCUCCCAACUCUCAUAUUUCACCUGUUUUGAAUAAUCAAAAGAUAAUUAAGUCACUCCUACCGGAUAAUCCUCCAAGCUUAGUUGCAAUAUCCUCAUCAUCAGAGACCUCAUGUGCUAUAGUCUCUUCCAAUAACCAAACAAAUGUCCUUACUUCUAGUGAGGUCAUGGAUAAAUCUCCUGAAGACAAAAAAGAACUGAUUGAUGAAGAAGUUCUAAUUGCAACACCCCCAAUAUCAGUGCCAACUACUCCUUUAGCUAUGAAAGAACUUGAGGAUGAUAAAAAUUCAAUUCAACCUGAGGCUAAAUCAGAUGACAAACAAUCUCCUAUUGAAAUCUCUGAAGUUUCAGAGCCCAUUGAAGAAAAACCCGAAAUUAAAAUCGAAAUUGAAGAAAUAAAACAAAAACUUGCCAUUGAAACUGUAACAGAUGAAUUAAAUCAAACCCUCAAAGAAGCCAUGGAUUCCGAAAAUCAAAAACAAAUCAAAGAAGAGGUUGCAGUACCAGAAAUUUUGAAAAUGGAGGAUCAAUCAGAUUCCAAAAUUGAAGAUCAUGAAGAAAUUAAACCUAAAAUUGAAAGUAACCCUGUUCUCGUUAAAGAACCAGAAAAAGUUGAAGAGGAGAAAACAGAUUCAGAGAGCAUUGUGUCUGACAUCAGCAAAGAUUGUUCUAGUGCUGAUAUGCCUAUCAAAGAUUUAUUAUUGGAAGGUAGGGAAGACAAAGAGGAUAGUGAUUAUUGGUCACCUAAAGAUGUUAACAUUGAUUCAGUCAUAAAGACUUUAUGUUCUGCUGAUGAGUUGUCUAACCACAGUAAUGAUAACAUGUCAAUUAAAGAAGAUCAUCCAAAAGAAGAACAAAUUCUUCCAUCUCAAAAAGAACAAACUGUAGUAGAAAUCAGCAUAAAGGAAACAGUGGAUAAUAAAGACAUAGAUAAUAGUAAGAGUGAUAUAGAACCCAUGGAAGAUUCUGUGGAAGAUGAUGAUAGAGAAGUUUUGUCAAAAAUUGCUACUAGACGAGGAGGAAGAGGUAGAGGUCGUAAAGCUAGAGGAGGCGUUGAGAGAGGGACAAUUCAAACUAGACGUGCUAAAACUCUGACUAAAGAACCAGCAACAUCAACAAAGCGUAAUAACAAUGCCCGUGGAGGUAGGGCCAAGUUUGAAAGAAAAGUAACGAAGGCUGAAUCUGAAGCACCCACUGACAUCUAUGAAUUCAGAGAGGAUGAAGAAAAUCGUCCAAGGCUUAUUUUAACUAUCAAACAGUCUAAUACUAAUUCUGCUGCAAUUCAGUCUGCUGUUGUUAAGGAAGUAACGAAAGAAGCACCAUCAACGCUGCCACCUCCAAAAGCAAUUGAAGUUAAAGAAAAAACCGAAGACUUUACACAACCUUCUGGCAGCACAAAUACCAGAAAGUCGAAGAGGCUUCAGGAGAAAGAUAUUUUCAGAACUACAGUAGAUGAUACAAUUGAAGAUGUAGUAAAGAAUGUGGUAACUAGAUCUUCAACUAGGAGAUCAACUAGAUUACCUGCACCAAUCGUAAAAGCUACACCUGAAACUCCAAGGAAAUCUAUUAGAGGACGUAGAAUAGGACGCAGAGCCUCUGAAGCCACUGAAGAUAUUCCAGAAGAGAAAGAAAAACCUAAACUCUCAGAAGAGGUAGUAACAAAUAAACCUAAACUCUCAGAAGAGGUAGUUACAUCUUUGGAAGUACCAAAAAUGGCGGUUGAAAAGCCUACACAGGUGAACACUACCGCAAUUGAGAAAAAUGACAACAAACAACCUCAAGUUCCUGUUAAGGAAAGUAUAAUUGAAAAACCUCUGAUUGGGCUGAAGGCAGCUGUUCUGAGACGUAUAAAAGGGGAAAUGGGACAAGAACCUAUGACUUUGAUAGACCCUGUCACAGGCUUGUUGACACCCAUGAGAGAAUGUGAAGAAAAUAAGUAUAUACCUGUUCCUGGAGAAAAUAAAGUGCCCAUCAUCGCUCCCUCAAGUCAACCAAAUAUUAUUGUUUCAUCUGCAGAAGUAAAACCAAUGCAACAAACAGUUAUCACAUCAUCCCAACAGUCAACACCUGUGCCAUCGUUCAAACACUCAAAACCACAGAGUCUGAAAGCCCAUGUUUUAGCAUCUCAAGCAGCUCAAGCUGUGGUCACUCAACAAAUAGCACAUUCUCAGAAACAGAAUGCUGUUAUUGUAAGUUCUGCACAGCCUUCAAUGAGUAUAGAAAAUAAGAUUCAUAUUCCGCAAAAUCAAAAUCUGAGUAUUAACGUAUCUAUACCCAACUGUGUACCAGCACAUGCAUCUCCUAGGACAAAUCUUCCUUUAGCAUCUAACUCUCCCAAAUCUGUCACAGUGAAACAGCCAGUAAGUUCUCCAAGUCAGAUGUAUAACCUCAUUUCUCAACAGAUGAUGCAUAUGAGUAAAACUUCACCAUCCACACCUUCUAUUAUAACUCAACAACAGUCUAUCAUCAAACAAGUUCCCUUGCCAAAAGUUCCAAUGUUGCCAAAGACAAGUUUGCCAAUGCAUAUUCCAGCAGGUGUACCAAAUUCAGUUCUUGGUAAAAUACCAUCACAAACUAUGGUGACGAAUGUAGGUCGAUUGAUACAAGGGAAAAACAUGAUGGAACCACCCAAAGUAGAUGUUUCGCUUUCUAACUUGAUGUCAGUCAGAGGUUUGUCUAGUUUGUCCCCUCAAGGACAAGCCAGACAUCACUCCCAAUCUGGCAUGCCAGGAUAUGAAGCUAGUUUGCAUGGAGAGCGAGGUCUUUAUAAUAGAAGUCGUAGUCCACCACCAGCUCAUCAAAACUCGCCUUCACCUCAGGCUGAAACCAUACCUCACUUCCCACCGGGUUCAGUUUCAUUGCGACCACACGAUUUACCACCACCACAUUAUAUGAAUCCAUCUCAUGUCAUGUAUCAACAGUAUCUGAGACAAUCGUACCAUUUUCCAAGAUCUUCUGUCGUUACUGGAGGAAUAGAGAAGGCUGGUGAUGGACAGGAAGGCGAAGAAGCUCCUAUAACAUCGCCACCUUUGGAGUUGAGGAUCUCGAAUUCUGUUGGACUUUCACUCUCCAGUCGCAGUGCUGCUGUUCCCCAUAGUCUGCAUUCUCCACAUGACAGAGCUACAGAUUCCCCUCAAAUUGGACAAGUUUACAAUAUGCCAACUGCAAGAAUGCAACAUUAUAACUUGAAUCGGUACUAUGACCCUGCUGCGGAACCACCACCAGCACAUAGACCUGUUACUAGUCAUAGUUCUGUAGCAGCUCUGGCUGGUGACAGACCUCCUCUAUCUCAUAUGGCCGGUUUGGGAGCACCUGACAGACCUUUAGUGCCGCAUUUGCCACCAGACAGACCUUUAGGCCCACAUUUAGCACCUGAUAGACCUUUGGGCCCACAUUUGGCACCUGAUAGGCCUUUAAGUUCUCAUUUGGCACCCGAUAGACCUUUGAGUUCUCAUUUACCACCGGACAGGCCCCUGAGUGGACAUUCUGCUCUGAUGGGUCAUCUGCCUUUGGGCAACCCUGAACGACCUUCAUCUAGUCAUUUACCACCAGAUAGACCUAUGUCUAGUCACUUAACUCCAGAUCGACUACCAGGCAUUUCAACACCAGAUAGGCCAGUUUCAACACAUACUAUGAGCCUGUGUAACAAUCUUGGAGGAAAUGGUAACUUUAUCGGUGCAGUUGCAAGACAUAUUGGAGGCACUCCAACAUAUCACACUGCUCUUGGCGAAUUAUUGAAGCACCAUAAGCAAAUGUGGCAAGGUCUAUUAGCCUUGAAGAAUGAUCAAGCUGCUGUUCAAAUGUAUUUCCUAUCUGGCAAUGAUCACAUUGCCAAGUGCAGUUUACCCACAAACACUGACGGUUCAACACCACCACUCAGAAUAUUCCAACGAAUGAGGUUAGAACCUCCUCAGGUGGAGGGCGUUACCAGAAAGAUGCAGAUUGAGAAAGAACAUGCUAUUCUUAUGGCGUUGCCUUGUGGAAAGGACCACGAGGAUGUAAUGACAAAUAAUACAAAUUUGGCUAACGGACUCAUAAAUUACCUACAUCAAAAACAAGCUGCAGGAAUCGUUAAUGUAGCUGCUCCUGGAACUACUCAACCUCCUGCCUUUGUCGUCCAUAUAUUCCCGAAAAGAUGCAGUUUCGUUGAAACAAACCUUGGGAGAAUAGCCCCCCGCCUCCUGGAAGGUUUCAAAGAAUUUUCUUACCUGCUUAUUGUAAUCACAACAGUGUGAUUGCGCAUCUUGAACAUGUCCUUCAAAAAGUAUGUUUUUCUGUUCACAUAUUAUACGGAACUAUUAACAUUGAAUUCUGCAUGACUACGACUCGACUACUAAUUUACGUCUCUGUUGAAGAUCAUUUUCAGUUUAUCUGAAAUGGUGGAUCAAUCCUAAUAAGAUUACUUAAUAUAUUUAAAGUUUCACUGUGAUUUCUUGGAAUAAAAAAGAAUGUUAUUACUAUUAAUAAAAUGGAUAAAAAUACUAAAAAAUAAACUUACUACCUAUUAAGAGAUCUCAUAUUGAACUUAGUUAUACAAAUUUUUCUUUGUUUAGAAGAUCUUUAUUUUCAUAAACAUCUUGUAAAAUAUUAUUAUUCUUAUGGAGUUGUUGCAAUAUUUGUGAUUGUUUCAUAAGAGUGACUUGAGUAUGUUAGAUUUCGUUUCUAUUUGCCUUGCGGUUCUGUUGCUUUAUUUUUUUUUUACGUUCAGGUUGUUAUUUUAUUUAUUUAUUACUGGUUUUGUCUGAUGAAGAGGUCGUUUUUUGCUGGUGCAUAACUAUGACCCUGCUUCAUUCAAUCAAAGUCGGGUGACAAAUAUUGUUUUAAUCAUGCAUUUUCACAUAUUUAAAACAACUUACUGCUAUAAUACAUGGAAUAUUUACAUCAAAUUGUCUUGAAUAUUCACAGAUUAUAAUCACAGGAUUGGGAUAAUUUGUGUCUGACUUUGAUAGAAUGGACAUUUUAUUUUUUUCUGUAAUUUUCACUGAAAGUUUGAAUAAAUGAGUUGAGUUUUUGUUAAUAUUGUUUUUUAGUUUAUUUUGUGAGAAUUACAGGAAAUAUCAGAACUUGAUAAUACAUCAAUGAGAGUUAUCUCUCAGCUUCUGUUUACAUUUCAGUAAAUGUUUGGAGGUAACUUUCUGGAAUUUUGUACAUUUGCAACCUAACCUCAAGGUGCUUUUCAAAAUUAACAAUGUAAAUUUGAACGUUACCGGUUUGUAGUUUGAAAAGAAAAAUGGCAAAUAUAAAUGAGCAUAUAGACAUAAUAUAUAAAUAUUGUAGCAUACAUAAAUUAUAUGAAAAUCAAUCAUUUUUUUAAAUUGAAUUGUAAAAUACAUGUGAAUAAAUAGUCUUUAGUUUGUUAUUUUAAGCUUCUUUUCGGUUUUCUUUAAGAUGUACAGUGUACUUUAGCUGUAAGUAUAAUUUAGCCUGCGUUACAAAUGAUUAAUAUAGGGAACAUUGUGAUGUCUAUAUAUUACUGUAUAUUUUGUACAUAUAUGAAAAAUACUGUGUAUUGUGAGUAUACAUUAUUAUAACUAUUAUGACAAA